GUACGUUGGAUUAGAAUGCACGCCCAGGCCGCCGGGCGGUGCCUACAGAAGCAGGCCAGCUCCGCCCUCGGCGUCCACACGGCGGACAAGGUGCGUUCCGUAGCCGAGCUGCUUUCUACUUCGUACGAUUAUAACCUCCUUGCCAGUCUUAACAUCCAGCCCGCAUUCACUGCCGGGCGUUGGGCCGCAAAGCCGCCAAGGAUGGCUCAUUUAACGAAGAACCCCGCCGACAAGGAGCGGUUCAUCUGUGUCUACCCAGUCUACAUCAACAGUAAGAAGACUCUGGCAGAAGGAAGAAGAAUCCCUGCUGACAAGGCGGUGGAGAACCCUUCUUGCGCCGAGAUCCGAGACGUCCUGACGGCGGCCGGCAUGAACGUCUACAUGGAGAACAAGAUGCAUCCCCGGGAGUGGAACCGGGACGUGCAGUUCAAAGGUCGGAUCAGGGUUCAGCUGAAGCAGGAGGACGGCAGCUUGUGCCUCGACAACUUCGCCACCCGUAAAGACGUGAUGUUCUACGUGGCCGAGAUGAUCCCCAAACUGAAGACGCGCACGCAGAAGAGCGGCGCGGGAGAAAGCAGCGCUCUGCAGGGCGACGGCGGCAAGAAGACCAAGAAGAAGAAGAAAUGAGCCCACUCCUUUUUCCACUUGGUCUCUUGUUUUGAAACUCUGAAAGGCGUGCGACGGCACACCCGUCACAUCCUGCCCGAGGAAGGAAGUCUUUUUAUUUUAUUAAUUCAGAAGAUGUCUUUAGUUUUUAAAUGAAUGGAUUAAACAAUCUUUCAUUUCAUUUAUUCAGGUUUAAAAGCGUCAGUACAUACUAAUAAACAUAAAAUAUCAUGCAGUA